AUUCACCUUCUUAUUCUUCAUUUACCACCACAACAACAAAGAUCCAGCAGCUAAGACUAUAAGAUCAGCAUUAAAUACUCGUGGUUGCUAUUACUAUCCUCUUUAGUAACUGUUAUGCGUUUAUAGCACUGCUGCUACUUUGCUGUACCAGAUCGUGUGUAUCGACCCUCACGUCUCCCAGUCGACAAACAAGACCACAUCCACCAUCUCUCAUUGCUGUCCAACCUGAGCUACGAUGGUCGUUUUCUCCUUUGAGCCUGACGAGAAUCUCAACGAGCCUAGCGAUUUUCGCAAGGCAGUGCCAGCGACGCCAAAGAACCAGACAGCUCCCAAGCCCGCGUUCACACUUCCUGAACUCGAUCUAAGUCAUAUAGCGUCGCCUAAUCGUACAGGGCUACCUCUCGUCCGUCGUCAUCCCAACUACAGCACACAAAACAAACAAGCGCGCGAGUCGCGUAAACUAGACGAGCUCUACACUGCUACCUCAGCACGGUCAGACUCCUCGCUUUCAAAGCAACUGGCCGAAGAGCGGCUGAUCUCGAAUGAGUUUGUUGUUCAGCAACGAAAAGUCAACGAGCGCAAGAUCAAAGAGAUUGCGCGGUUGGAGGAGGCGUUUUGGACCGCGCAAGAGGAGAGGAUUUGGAAGAUCAUCACGGACGGAAUCAAUGCCGAUCGAGAGAGAGCAGAGGUGCAGAGAAGGAAAGAUGAAGAAGAGCGCAGGAUAAAGGAAGAGCUGCGCAGGAAGAAAGAAGAGGAAGAGCGCAAGAAGAAAGAGGAGGAAGAGCGCAAGAAGAAAGAAGAGGAACAAAAACGGAGAGAAGAAGAAGAACGCAAGAAGAUUGAAGAGAAAGAGAAGGAAGAGAAGAAGAAGAAAGAGGAACAAGAGAGGAGAGAGCGAGCGCAAAAAGAGGAACAGGACAAAAAAGCAGCUCAGGAAAAGAAGGAAGCAGAUCUUCGAAAUCAGCUAAUGGCGAGCCAAGCUGAAAAGAAAGCUCAAGGCAAAGACGCCCAGAUUGAUCUCCAACGCGAAGUUGCAAAUCGAGCGUUUGGAAACCAAGCCAAGGUCAAGAAGAGUUCUCCGCUGGCCGGGCCGCCAGAUGAUGGCGACGAUUUAUCACUGGAUUCACUGAGCACUGCUGUACCUGAUGAUGCUCCAUUACCGCCUGAGCCGGAUUUGAGCGCGAAAAUACCUGCGGUGCCUGCGGGACUGAUAGCAAAGCCUGCCAAGAAGGAGCCUGUCCAUGUUGCUCCUCAAGCCAUAGACGAGGCGAAAGCGGAGAAAGAUUACUAUACAAAGUUAAUUGCUUACAUCAAGACAGAGAUUGUCGGAGCGGUUGCGAAGGAUAAACCAUUGCAGAAGCGCUGCUCUGAGAUUCGGCGCAAGGUGAAACCAAAACUAGGACAGAUCACUAACAGUCACACGCAAAUCCGAAAGAUCAUCGGGGAGUUGAAGUUGCUGUUGGAGGAAGUGCAGGAAGCAGGACCGGAUCUUGCUUACCGGUACGUUUUGAAUGCGUUUAGUAAAGCUGUUGUCGAUCAGGCAGAGACGGAGACGAUUGUGUCACCUACAUCCGCGUUUCCUUUGGGAACACUAUGUAUCUACCUCAUGAGUCAACAUCCACUCUUACGAGAUCUGCUGAUUGCGCGGUUUGUGAAGAAGUGUCCGUAUGUGAUUGGAUACACGUGCCCGAUCAACACGGAAGAGGGCCGCAUACGCAUGGGCUACAAGCGAGUGGAUGACAAAUGGGAGGAUGAGACGCAGUACUGCGAGCGAAUGGGCGGGAUCAUGAUGGUCUGGGCAGCCAUGACCGGCAUGGGCAAUGCUACGCAGUCGGUGCAGCCAUAUCCGAUGAUCCACAGCUGGACGUUCGCCGCGAGGAUCAUGAACACGCCGGUAGACCAGCUGACGAACGCGCACUACACUGUUGCGGCCGCGUGGUGGGAUCUGAACGCACAGCGCUUCCUGGCGGCCUACGGCAUGCAGAGCCAGAAGAUGCUGACGCUGAUGUGGGACAAGUGGACGGCAGCAGCAAGCGAGAAGCGGUACCCGGCAGCUGCACGGCUCAGGCUGCUAGGCGAGACAUGGCGGGAUACCGGGAAUCUGGGUAUCGCGCGACCGAUGGAGCAGUGAGGGCGAGAUUAGCUUAAGCAAGUGUGACGACGCGCACGACGUAUCUCUCUGCAAAGUCAGAAUCUACAGUAUUUUAUCUACAAAUCUCAAAAC